GGGGCGUCAUGCUGACGUCAAGCCGAGGCCGCCGCCGCGGGGCCUGGUUAUCGCCGGUUCAGCGCAGCCCGGAGUCGCCCAGGCCUGAACUCCCACCCAGAUCCCCGGCCCCCACUCCGGGCCCGUGAGGACACCGGAGGUCACCCCCCGGGGGUGGGGAGCGGAGCCGCGGGUCAGCUCUGCGAGCGCCCCGCGCUGGCCUGUCCGGCCCCGCCCCCGCCCCGGGCCAUGGCCCAGCCCUUGUCCCGGCCCCUCGUCCUAUCCCGAUCCCCGCCUUGGCCCCCAGUCCCGCCCUCGCCCCGCUUCCCAAAUCGGCCCCAACCCCUGCCUGGGUCUCCAUCCAGGACCCCCUUCCAGUCCCUGCCCCUGGCCUGGCCCCCAUCCCGGCCUCGGCCCUCGUUCCACCCCCUGUCACAAAUCUCAGCCCAGGGCCUGUCCCAACCCCAUUCCCAGUGUUUGCUUAAGGCCCUGGCUCAACCCCGUCCCUUGCUGCAGUCCCCAUCACAGCCCCUCCUUCCAUCCCACUCCCUGCCCUUGUUCAAGCCCCAGUGUCCAGCCCAGCCCAACCCAUUAUCUCAGCUUUUGCCCUCAUCUCUGUGUUUACCCAAGUCUCUCCCGCUAGUCCCCCCCAUCUCUUAUACUCUGCCCCUCUCCCAGCCUAGACUCAAGUCUGGGUUUCAGCUGCCGCCAGCCCUAUUGCUGCUGUUGCUGUUCUCUGUCCUUGGCCCGGGGGCUGGAGGCCUUUUCCUGACUGAUUACUCCACCUGCUCACCCCGCAAGCUGAGUCCUUUCCGCUCCUUUGCCAGCACCGAGCUCUUCCACUUCCAUGUUCCCGAGGACACAUUCCUGGCUGUUUGGAACCUCAUCAUCUUCAAGGAGCAAGGGGGAACCUUUGGGGACCACUGCCCAGACCAAAGUGUGACUGUGUAUUUCCGGUCCGGGGCACCCCCUGUCAUCAAUCCCCUGCAUACACACUUCCCAGGGGACACAGCUGUGCCUGGGGUUUUCUCACUGACCCUCAGCUGGACACUGCCCAACCGCACCUCAGGCAUCUUUAACGUCAGCAGCCCCUUACCUGGGGACUGGUUCUUGGCUGCCCACCUUCCCCAGGCCCAUGGCCACAUCUCUGUCAAGGGUCUCCAGGAUGAGUGUCAGUACCUCCUUCAGCCCCAGCUGAUUGUCCGGCGUUUGCUGGACGUUGCUGUACUGGUUCCUGGCCGGCCCUCAGAGCAAACCCUCUCCCCACACAAUCGCUCAGCACUCUACAAGGUCUUUGUGCCCAGCUUCACUUACAGGGUUUCAGCACAGCUGGCGUGUGUGGGGGGCCGCGGGGUAUCUGCCUGCCCCCUGUCACUGCGUCUGCGUCCCAAAGCCCCACCCCUGCACAACUCAAGCUCUGUGUCCUGUGGAGGUGCCUCGGGAUGCCAGCUGGAGCUGGCACUGCCUCCCUGGGGGCACUGGGUCUACGUGCGUGUGGAAACAUCAUCCCGGGGCCCUGGUAGGACCAUCCGCUUCCAGCUGUGUGUGCGGUUGCAAGAGUGCCCACAGCCCGGCCUGCUUCGAGCCCUGGUCCCUGGAGCUGCCAUGAACAUGCCCCAGUCACUGGGCAACCAGCCACUGCCCCCAGAGCCACCAUCCCUUGGAACCCCUGCGGAGGGGCCUGGGACCACAUCCCCACCCGAGCACUGCUGGCCAGUGCGCCCGACUCUGCGCAACGAGCUGGACACCUUCUCUGUCCACUUCUACAUCUUCUUUGGCCCCAGUGUGGCCCUUCCCCCUGAGCGCCCAGCCGUGUUCGCCAUGAGGCUGUUGCCAGUGCUGGACAGUGGAGGCGUCCUCAGCCUGGAGCUCCAGCUCAACGCGAGCUCCGUGCGCCAGGAAAACGUGACGGUGUUUGGAUGCUUGACCCACGAGGUGCCCUUGAGCCUGGGGGAUGCAGCAGUGACCUGUUCCAAAGAGUCCCUGGCCGGCUUCCUCCUCUCCGUCAGUGCCACUACCAGGGUUGCCAGGCUGCGAAUCCCAUUCCCGCAGACGGGGACCUGGUUCCUGGCCCUUCGCUCCCUGUGCGGGGUGGGGCCUCGGUUCGUGCGGUGCCGCAACGCGACGGCCGAGGUGCGGAUGCGCACCUUCCUGUCCCCAUGCGUGGACGACUGCGGGCCCUAUGGCCAGUGCAAGCUGCUGCGCACACACAACUAUCUGUAUGCAGCCUGCGAGUGCAAGGCCGGGUGGAGAGGCUGGGGCUGCACCGACAGUGCAGAUGCGCUCACCUAUGGAUUCCAGCUGCUGUCCACACUCCUGCUCUGCCUGAGCAACCUCAUGUUUCUGCCACCUGUGGUCCUGGCCAUUCGGAGUCGAUAUGUGCUGGAAGCUGCUGUCUACACCUUCACCAUGUUCUUCUCCACGUUCUAUCAUGCCUGUGACCAGCCAGGCAUCGUGGUUUUCUGCAUCAUGGACUACGAUGUGCUGCAGUUCUGUGAUUUCCUGGGCUCCUUAAUGUCCGUGUGGGUCACUGUCAUUGCCAUGGCUCGUUUACAGCCCGUGGUCAAGCAGGUGCUGUAUUUGCUGGGAGCUAUGCUGCUGUCCAUGGCUCUGCAGCUUGACCGACAUGGACUCUGGAACCUGCUUGGACCCAGUCUCUUCGCCCUGGGGAUCUUGGCCACAGCCUGGCCCACUGGCCCUGUGACAUCCUACCACCUGCCCAGAAGGAAGAGAACCAGAAUUACUGCUGAGCAGCCCCUCUGCGUGUGGGUGCAACGGCGUCUUACGACUCUCAGAAAGCUACUCUAGCGGCCAUCUACCAUUGUCACGCAGUGUCAUGCUCGGUCAUGGCCUGGAAGAUCAGAGUCGCAGAGGGAUAGGACCUGGGGUGUCUCUGAAAAUAACUGCCUGGUUUCACUCCCCAGUUUUAUGUCUCUUAAGAGGCAGAGUGAUGCCUAGAAUGAGCCCUGGACUGGGAGGGCGGGUCCCAGGUUUGAAUCGGGGCCUUUGUUCCUCCUCUGCUGUAUGACUUUGGUCAGAUUUCUCUUCUGAGAAGUGGAGCCAAUUAGGUGAUCUCUGGUACGCUGUAAUCUCUGAAACAUUUCCUCAUAUGUUUCCAGCAACUUCCAACCUAAGGUCUGAUAGACCCAGGGUUACUCUGCAAGCUAACUGUCAUAUCAGUCUCAUUGUCUGGUAAAUCUAAUUUUAACCACUUAAUACUUAUUUUAGGCUUCACAAAUUAUUUUAAAAGAAAAGAAAGGGGCAUAAUAAGAAGGCGGCUUCAGUUACAAUUUCCCCGAAGAGCCUGGAUCCGGGAUUCCUGCUUCACUGCUUUCUGGCUGUGUGGCAGAGAAGAUGAGGAUGGCCCUGGAGUCAGACAGGACCAGGGUCCAAGCCCCAGGUCUUCCAGUUGUUAACAAUGUUCUCAGCCUCAGCUUCCUUACCUGUACCACGGAGAUGGCAGCAUCUCCUUGUGGGCUUGUUUUAAGGAUCCAGUGAGAGGAAGCAUGCAAAGCUCUUAGAACAGAGCCUGGCACUGGUGAAUAGUCAGUGAGCGGUAGAUGGUAUUAUUACCAUCCUGUCCCUGUCCCCCAGCAAAUAUUUUGGCUUUUAAAUGUUUUAAAUGAUUUCAUGAGAAUAAGAAAUGGGUCAGAUGAAUUCUCCUUACCUCCCACCUACUGGCCAUGGCCUAAAUGUCUGUAGGGAGCUGGAGCCAGGUGAGGCGAGCUGAGGUUUGGGAAGUGCCGAGUUCAUUACCAGCAAGUGCACGGUGCUGGGAUGGGCUAGGUUCCCCCUCCCUCACCCUGCCACUGCCUCCCAAGACCUGCCCCUUGUUCCCCUGCCACGUAGACAGUCUGCUUGCUCCCUGCUCUCAGGGAACUCACGGUCCCUGUCCAAUUUAAAGUUCAAACUCUGCAACUACACAAAGGUGCAGGCUUGGCAGCUGUGGGACCUGGGCUUCAGAGACUCCAGGUUCCUCGGCCUGCCCCAGGAGGGCCCUGCUGAGGUAAAGUGGGCAGAGGAGAGAGAGUGAACAGAGAAUCUGAAGACUGGGUCACAUUGCAGUUCUGCCCCUUGGAUGCCAUAGGCUCCAGGCCCAUGAGCCCGGCUUCACUAGGCCUGGGUGUCUGGGUUGUAGAAUGGGGUGUCUCCUUCCAGGAUUGCCGUACGGACCUGGAUUCAUCGAAGCUUAAAGUAAAUUGCUUUGUAAGGUAGGAGACACCAAGUACAGGCGAGGGACUUUGUUAGGUCAGGGAAGUUUUUACAGAUUUCUUUAUUCCUGUUCCCUUCCCUCCCCUUCCUGUCCUUUCACAAUAAAGAAUAACAACUUGACACAGCUUAGAGACUAAAAGUCAUCCUUCAAUAAGAAGUUGCAAAGUUUCCUAUGAUGCUAUGAUUUGUCUUCUGGAUUUUUUAUCAAGAACAUAGGUCGAAGUAAAAAAUGGAAAGGUU